CCAUCUUUAGUUCUAGCGAGGUUGGUCUCUAGAGCUGUCACGACGGACACACCAACAGCCACCAACCGCCGCCGUUCCUGGACAAAUCUGUUCUUGUAGGGACAAUUUCACCCGCUGUUCUGGUACAAGAUAAACCAUUCAGGUGUCCAUAAAAAUAAAUCCUUGUGCUGUGUUUUGGAAGGAAAUAAUUCAUCUUCAGUGUUUGCUGGAAAAAUUGUGCUUGUACUAGACUAUCAAAAACGAAUUUGACUAACCAUGUCGUCCAGCAAGUCGGUGGUUAGCUCCAGAACCACAAAGAUUGUGUCUUCUGGUGGCACCAGUAGCACAACGGUGGCAUCCAGCUCUUCCAAGGUGGCAGCAGCUGCCGCCAGCAGCAGCAAGACGAGCACCAAGACCUACUCCUACAGGAGCGGCGGAGGGGCCAAUGAGGACUCCAAUGUGGUCAUUGAGUACCACACUGACAUGAGCAACCUGUCCAGACUCGAGGACAAAAUCCGCCUCCUUCAAGAGGACCUCGAGUACGAGAGGGAGCUCCGACAGAGGGUGGAGCGCGAGAAGUCUGACUUCAGCGUGCAGGUCAUUCAGCUACAGGAGCGCAUUGAGGAGGUCGAAGCUGGCGCGGAUGGACAGAUCGAAAUCAACCGCAAGCGCGACGCUGAGCUGGCUAAGCUGCGCAAGUUGCUGGAAGAUGUGCACCUGGAGGCUGAGCAGACGCAGCACCUGCUCAAGAAGAAACAUCAGGAAGCUGUCGUUGACUUCCAGGACCAAGUCGACAUCCUCACCAAGGCCAAGUCCAAGAUCGAGAAGGAGCGAAGCAAGUUCCAGACUGAGGUGUAUGAGCUCACCGAGCAGCUCGAGCGAGCCACCGUCGAGGCCGCCAACAACAACAAGUCCAUCAAGUCCCUCAACAUCGUCAUUCAGGAGCUCAAUAUCAAGAUUGAGGAGCUCAACCGCACCGUCGUUGACCUCACCUCCAACAAGCAGCGAAUUAGCGUCGAGAACAUCGAGCUGCACAAGUCGGUGCAGGAGCUGAAGGUGAAGAUCGAAGAGAUUACUUACAUCAGUAAGAACGCCUCCAGCAACGUCGAGGAGUUCCGUAGGAAGUAUGAGGAAGAGGAGCGGCGUCGUCGCAAGCUGGAGGCCGACAUCGCAGCCAUCACUCAGGAGCUUGCAACGCUGCGCUCGAGCUACGACGAAGAGUGCGAGCUGCGCCUCGACAUCGAGCGCAAGUACAGCAACGAGUGCGCCAACGCUAACUCCUACAAGAGCAAGUGGGAGAUCGAGGUCCGCGGCCGCCAAGAGGAGGUUGAGGAGAUCAAGAAGAAGAUGUUGAUCCGCAUCACUGAGCUGGAGGAGACCAUCAGCUCCCUCACGACGAAGCUCUCAGGAGUCGAGAAGCAGAAGUCCCGCUUGUCCCAGGAGAUCGAAGUCCUCAUCUUGGAUUUGGAAAAGGCGAACAACAACCACCGCGAGGUAAGGUCUCGCCUUGAGAUCGUGGAGCGCGAGCACAGAACUCUGAUCGUGAAGCACGAGGAGCUCUCAGUGCUCUACGACCAGUCGUGCAAGGACCUCAAGAUCAGGAGCUCAGACCUCACCAAGGCGCUGCACGAUCUCGAGACUCUCAAGGAGCAGUACGAGCGAAUCCAUCUCGAGCACAAGAAGCUUUCAAACGAGAACGGCGACCUGAAGGCAACCGUGAACGACUUGACUCGCCUGAAGCAUGACCUCGAGCUCGAGAUCCGGCGCCUGGAGUCGGAGAGGAAUGAGCUCGCCAACGCACUCCACGAGUCUGAAGCUGCCCGCAAGGACGAGGAGACGAGGUUCCUGAAGAUGUCGAGCGAGUAUUCGUCGUACCGCACCGAGACCGAACGUCGUCUGCAGGCCAAGGAAGACGAGAUCGACACGCUGCGCAAGACGAUGGCGCAGGAGGUGGACGCUCUGAACGCCCGCGUGGUCGAGGCUGAGACUCGUCUCAAGUCCGAGGUGACCAAGAUAAAGAAGAAGAUGCAGAUCACCAUCACUGAGCUGGAGAUGCACAUCGAUACUGUCAACAAGUCCAACAUCGACCUGCAGAGAAUCAACAAGAAGGUCACCAUUCAGCUCCAGGAGCUGCAGACUCACUACGACGAGCUGCAGAGGCAGCUGCAGCAGACCCUGGAUCAGUACGGCGUGGCUCAGCGCAGGCUGCAGCAGCUCAUUGCUGAGAACGAAGAGUUCAGGGCCAACCUUGAGGCCGCUUCUCGUGCUCGCCGCAACGCCGAGCUGCAACUCGAGGAGUGUCUGGUGCGCAUCAAGGACCUGACUACCAUCAACGCUAACAUCUCUGCCACCAAGAGCAAACUCGAGCAAGAGAUCUCCGUCAUCGCCUCCGACUAUGAUGAGGUCACCAAGGAACUUCGGCUGGCCGACGAACGUCUGCUGAAGGCGAACACGGAAGUGAAGCGUGUUACUGAGUCGCUGCACGAGGAGUCGGAGCGUUGCAUCAAGAUCGAGAGCAUCCGCAAGAGCCUCGAGGUAGAAGUGCGCAACCUGACCGUCCGCAUCGAGAACAUCGAAGUCAACUCUCUUGCCAACACCAAGCGCAUGGUUGCCAAGCUCGAGUCCAGGGUUGCUGAUCUUGAGAACGAGCUUGACGAGGAACGUCGUCGUCACCAAGAGACCAUCAAGAUCCUGAAGAAGAAGGAGCGCAACGUCAAGGAGCUUGUCCUCCAGUGCGAGGAGGACCACAAGAACAUCCAGAUCCUGCAGGAAACUCUCGACAAGACCUACGAGAAGGUCAACCUCUACAAGAGGCAGAUCGGCGAACAGGAGUCGAUAUCUCAGACGAACCUGUCGCGCGUGCGUCGCUUCCAGCGCGAGCUGGAGACCGCCGAAGAGCGCGCUGAGACCGCCGAGUCAAACCUCUCCAUGAUCCGCUCCAAGCACCGCACCUUCGUCACCAGCCAGACGACCACGCUGCCUACCGGGGAACACGUCAUCAUCAAGGAGACGGUCACCACCGAGUAGACGAGGUUUUGGAUUAGGGAGACGAGGUCUUGGACCGAGUAGACGAGGUCUUGGACGGAGUAGACGAGGUCUUGGACCUAAUAGACGAGGUCUUGGA